UUUCGUGUUAUGUGCUUCUGAUGCUUUUGGUGAAUCACUCACUAUAUGACCUCUGAUACACUCUGCUCUCUCGUGUUACAUUACAUUACAUUACAUUAAUUCCAUUCUACCAUUCUCUUUCUCAUGGAACUCAAAAAGGACAAGCUUGUCAGGUUCUACACAGAGUCAUCAUCCACAUACAAAGUUUCAUCGUCUUCCUUGCUCAAAACAAGCAAUGCACUGCCAUGGGGUAAGAACAGAUUUGCUGAAACAUUUAGAAUUGAGGGAUCUAAGGUAUUCCUGGAGGAUCAUGAUGCAUGGCGUAAAACGAUACUUGACCCGGGUAGUGAGAUUGUGUUGAAAUGGAACCGUGUCUUCAUCAUUUCAUGCUUGGUGGCUCUUUUUUUAGAUCCUUUGUACUUUUACUUGCCCAGUGUGAGAGGAAAUGCUGGGUCUUCUUCAUGCGUGAGGACUGACACAGAUUUAAGGAUUGUUGUCACCUUUCUUCGCACUAUUGCAGAUAUCUUUUAUCUAUUGCAUCUGUUAAUUAAGUUCAGGACAGCUUAUGUGGCACCAAGCUCACGGGUAUUUGGUAGGGGUGAACUUGUCAUGGACCCCAAGAAAAUUGCAACAAGAUACAUUAAAUCUGAUUUCUUCAUUGAUUUGAUUGCCACACUACCUUUACCACAGGUCAUCUGGUUUAUUAUACCGGCAACAAGAAGCCCUCAAACAAGUCACAAGAAUAAUGCUCUUGCGUUGAUUGUUCUGCUCCAAUAUGUUCCAAGAUUAUAUUUGAUAUUUCCAUUAAGUUCUCAAAUAAUCAAAGCAACAGGAGUGGUUACGAAGACUGCCUGGGCAGGAGCUGCAUAUAAUCUGCUAUUGUAUAUGCUAGCUAGCCAUGUUUUAGGGGCAGCAUGGUAUCUUCUGUCUGUGGACCGAUAUACCACUUGUUGGAAAUCCAUCUGCAAAAAGGAAACUAACCCUGAAAACUGUUUUCUUUACCUGGACUGCAGUUCUUUGAAUAUUAAGCAGCGCAUGAUAUGGGCAAAUAGUACAAAUGUUUUUAACAGCUGUGAUCCCAAUAAAGAUAUUGAUUUCAAUUAUGGCAUAUUUGCAAAUGCAAUGACAAAGAAUGUUGUCUCUUCAUACUUUUUCCCAAAAUACUUUUAUUGUUUAUGGUGGGGAUUGCAGCAAUUAAGUUCUUAUGGGCAGAACCUGUCUACCAGCACUUUUAUUGGAGAGACGUCAUUUUCUAUUCUCAUUGCCAUCUUGGGUCUUGUUUUAUUUGCCCAUUUGAUUGGGAACAUGCAGACAUAUUUGCAAUCAAUCACUCUAAGGCUUGAGGAGUGGAGGCUUAGACGAAGAGACACUGAGGAGUGGAUGAGGCAUCGCCAACUCCCUGAAGAUCUUAAACGUCGUGUUCAACGAUUUGUUCAAUAUAAAUGGGUUGCAACUCGAGGGGUUGAGGAAGAAGCCAUUCUACAUGGAUUACCUGCUGAUCUUCGUCGUGAUAUCCAACGCCACCUAUGCUUGGAUCUCGUUCGACGAGUUCCCUUCUUCUCACAGAUGGAUGAUCAGCUGCUUGACGCAAUAUGUGAGCGGCUGGUGUCUUCUCUCAGCACUCAAGGCACCUACAUUGUUCGUGAAGGUGACCCUGUGACUGAAAUGCUCUUUAUUAUCAGAGGUAGAUUGGAUAGUUCUACUACAAAUGGUGGCAGGACUGGUUUCUUCAACUCAAUCAUAUUGAGACCUGGAGAUUUUUGUGGUGAGGAACUUCUCUCUUGGGCUUUGCUCCCAAAAUCAACCACCAAUUUGCCUUCUUCAACUAGGACAGUUAAAGCCCUUGGCGAGGUUGAAGCUUUUGCUCUUCGUGCCGAAGAUCUCAAGUUUGUAGCUAACCAGUUUAGGCGCCUCCAUAGCAGGAAACUGCAGCACACGUUUCGGUUUUAUUCCCACCAUUGGAGGACCUGGGCAGCCUGCUUCAUUCAGGCUGCAUGGCGUAGAUAUAAGAAGAGGAUGCUUGCCAAAGAUAUCAGUUUGAGGGAAUCCAUUGCUUUGGACGAGACAGUGUCCAUUGAAGGUAAACAUGAGGAGGAUUAUUCUGCUGGCUCAAAUUCUUCUCAGGCUAAAUUGAACCUUGGGGUCACAAUACUUGCUUCAAGGUUUGCUGCUAACACGAAAAGAGGAGCUUUGAAGAUUAAAGAUGAUUUGCCCAAGUUACGGAAACCUGAAGAACCUGACUUUUCAGCUGAAGCUGAUGAUGAUUAGUUAUUAUUGUUCAGAGGCAGUUGCUUUCUUUCAUUGGCCUAUAGCCUGCUUCAGAUGUGUACAUAACCAAGUUAUGCCUAUAACAUGUAUUUUAUGCAAUCUUCAUCUGAGUAGGUUGAUUAAGUCCUAUUGAGUAUGCCUUAAAUCCUCAUUUACUUUUUUGG